AUGAAUAUCUUUCGCCUCACCGGAGAUAUUUCUCAUCUCCUCGCCAUCGUCAUCCUUUUGCACAAAAUAUGGAAGUCAAGGAGCUGUGAAGGAAUCUCCGGGCGAUCACAGAUCCUCUUCGCCCUCGUGUUCGUCACUCGAUACCUGGAUCUGUUUACCCAUUUCGUCUCCUUCUAUAACACUGUCAUGAAGGUCUUUUACCUCGGUUCUUCCUUCGGUGUCCUUUGGCUGAUGUGGCACAAAUUCAAGGCGACUUACGACAGGAAUAACGACACUCUUCGCAUCGAGCUCCUCGUCGUUCCAUGCGCUGCCCUGGCCCUUCUCGUCAACCACGAGUUCAGCCUUAUGGAGAUUAUGUGGACCUUCUCAAUCUACCUCGAGGCCGUCGCCAUCAUGCCCCAACUCUUCAUGCUUUCCCGAACCGGAAACGCCGAGACGAUCACCGCUCACUAUCUCUUCGCAUUGGGCAUCUACCGGGCCCUCUACAUCUUCAACUGGUUCUACAGAUAUCAAACUGAAAGCUUCUUCGACCCGAUUGCCACGGUUGCCGGUAUCGUGCAGACGGUGCUCUACGCGGAUUUCUUCUAUCUCUACGUGACCCGUGUGCUUCGCUCGAACCGACAAUUCGAAAUGGGUGCC